UGUGGUUGCCCGCAGGCAGCCAGCAGCAGCUCGGCGGACACAGAUCGCAGCAGCUCCUUGCUGGAUGCGCGCUGUGAUAGUCUGGUGGUUAAAUAUGGAAUAUUUACAUGGCGCGAGCAGCAAGAACACCGUGCGCACCCGUGAGAAAAAAACAAGGCUGUAGCCGCGCAAAUUACAAAAACAUAUAACCCCGCGGUUAUUUAUGGCUUCUGGCUCGGAGGAUGAUGAAGGGAACACGACGGGCGCUUCAUGGAGACUUAUAGGCCCAGCCUCGGAGCUUUCCAAGAAGCCCUGCCGUCUAAUGUACUCCCCUUUCGGCCGCGACGGUGAUGUCUGCCUCUUUUAUGUCAGGGGACAGUUUUUUGCCAUGGACGCCCGCUGUGCUCACUCCGGGGGUCCUCUGUGUGAGGGGGACAUUGAGGAGGCGGAUGGAGUCCUGCAGGUCUUCUGCCCCUGGCAUGACUACGGCUAUGAUCUCAGAACUGGGAAGUCUGGGACAUUAUUAGAGCAACAAGUUUAUGAAGUAAAGCUGGUGGACGGCGACGUGUACGUGAAGCACGCAAGUCAUCUCUCCCUCAGGCCUUUUCCAGCAAAUCAGAAAAACUGAGUUAUCUCAGCGCAGCUGGUUCAUCCUAUUUUUAAGACUUUUUCCAUAAGCACAAGUCAUCCGAAAACAUUCCAGAGCCUUAUCUCUGUUGUUCUAAGAGUUGUUUUUACUUUGCUGAGAGCUCAGGACUAAGGAGACCGUCUGAGGAGGACAUGACAUCAUGAAGUGGUUUUUCUUGUUGGUAUACCAGGCAAAGUUCAGAGUUCAACACAAACUGUUAAGAUGAAGAGUUGUGAACUUUAUGUUUUCCUCAAUGGAGAAAAUACAACAAAUACAUUUAUUUGCAAAAGUAUUCAUAUCCUGUUUGUCUAGCCCCACAAACGUCAUUUAUUUAAUUAAGACUUUAUCUGACAGAACAAAUUGUGAGGUGUAAGUAAAAAAGAGGAUUUGUUUUCAAUAUUAGUUUAUGUAAAUAAAACUCUGAAACGUCUCCCGUGUGUUUGCAUUGGUGACCCUGAAGUGUGGUAAAAUAGUGCCACCAACUGAACACUACACUGCACAAGACUUUGAACACACCGUUCACCUUCGCAAUGUGAAAAUAGCGGUGGAAGCGUCAUGAUGUGGGGGAUACUUUAUACUUUUCAAAUUCAAAGUGAGAAUCUGUGGCAAGAUUGGACAAAAUGCUGCUCACCGUCACUGCAUUCAAUCUGAGUAAGGCUCAAACUGUUUUGCAAAGAGUGCAAAAUGUUUGUAGAUGUGUAAACCUGUUAGAGACACAUAGAAAAAGACUUGUAGAUGUGAUUUCAUGAAAGGUGGUUCGACUGAGUAUAUUGACCAAGAUGUACUUAGUGCAAACGCUUUUCGUACUGCUCAGAUUUUUUUUUUAAUAAAUUAAAAUCUAUUUCCCUCUUCUUUCAA